UUUUGUUGUUUUUAUUUUUUUACUUUUUUCCAACUUAAUUUUAUUUUUCUAUCAAAACUUCAAGUUUUGUUUUAUUUUUAGUUUGUUUCAAUUAAUAGACUUUCUAGAGUGUUUUUACAACGUGUUUUUCACAACAACUUUGUUUUUAUUAAAACAUAUUUAUUUAUUAACUAAUUUAUUUACUAAAAACAUGUCUUCUACUGGUUGUCCACCAAUUAUAGUUAUUGCUGGCCUGAAAAAUAAAUUUACUGCAGAAAAAUUGCGCUCCCUUAUAAACAAUAUGGCUCAGGACCCUGAAAUACACGCAUAUCAACAAUUAGUGGAAGAUUUUCAAUAUAAGACGGGGGAUGCUCUAGCUUUUGUUACUUUAAAUUCUGAAGAGGCUGCAAAUCGUGUUAUUUUUCAUUUAAACGAGUCUAAAUUGGAAGGAUGUGAUGAACUUCAUGCCGCUUUUGUCCCGAACACGCUUUCCUUUGGAAAUUCUUUUGAUGGAAUUAAGGGAGCCGAAGGUCCAGAUCCGUGGGGACGUCCUUUAGAUGGUUCUUGGGAGCGUAAAGGCUAUGAAUUCAGUUGGGAUGAGGAUCAUCAUCAUUAUGAAACUGUAGGGGAAGACAGCUUUGCUUAUGAACAUGGUGGUUUGUAUGGACAAGGAGCUGGAAUUAAUGGGGAAGACGACUUUAUCAAACCCAACGAAGGAUGGGCAGCAGACGACUUUUUAGUUGGUAACAAUGUUGAACCUUGGGGAAAUGAUGCAAACGCUCUUGUCAAAAAAUAUGGAGAAAACGAUGGGCAUCAAUUAUAUACAAGUGGAAUAAGGGGAGAACGAGAAGGACGUGUUUAUCGUUCAGAAAGUCGAGGACAGCAAGGAGGAGAAGGAGGACGUGUUUAUUUGGAACUGUCAGGGAUUACUCUUUCUGACAUGAUUGCUCAUAUCAAGUUUGGGGUAACUCAUUAA